AUGGUAGCAACUUUAUCUGCCAAAGUUUUUACCGCUCUCCAGCUAGCUUUGGCGGUUCUUUCCCCCGCAUUUACGGUUGCAUCUAGGGAGCAUCAGCAGCCCCUUGGAGUCGACCACACUGCAACGCAAAAACGGGUGACAUGGGACGAGCAUUCUUUAUUCAUUGACGGUAAAAGGCUCUUUGUAUUCAGUGGUGAAGUGCAUCCUUGGAGAAAUCCCGUUCAAUCCCUGCACUUAGAUGUUCUACAGAAACUCAAAGCCGCUGGGUUCAAUGCUGUGUCAAUAUAUUUUCAUUGGGGAGUAGUUGAGUACGAGAGAGGGGUGUUUCGUUGGAAUGAGAUAUUUGAUCUCCAACCCUUCCUAGAUGCUGCAAAAGAAGCUGGAUUAUACGUUAUCGCUCGACCUGGCCCCUAUGUUAACGCAGAAACUACCGGAGGCGGAUUUCCAGGAUGGGGGACGAGAGUUGAAGGCCUGUGGAGAAAAUCAAACAGAAACUACACCGAAGCCUAUAAGCCAUUCGUCAAAGAAUUCGGCGCAUUGAUUGCCAAAAAUGAGAUUACAAAAGGUGGACCAAUCAUCCUCACCCAAGUUGAGAACGAAUACUCGGGGUUCGGCGACGGAGUUGAAGAUUUUGAGUAUGAGUGGGAACUCUUGCAAGACUUUAAGGAUGCUGGAAUAACUGUUCCCACGAUUUGCGACGAUGCAUGGUUAGGCGGCCAUUUCCAAUCCGUUGAUAUCUAUGGAUGGAAUAGCUAUCCAUUGGGUUUUGAUUGCUCCCACCCGGAGAUCUGGCACAGCGCCCCUCCGGAUUACUUCUACAAUCUGUACAAUAGCAGGAUCAGGAAGCAUGGCCCAAAAUCGAUUCUCGAGCUCCAGGCUGGUGGUUUUGAUGGAUGGGGAGGCGCUGGGUAUGACGCUUGUGGAAAACUGAUCGGUCCUGAAUUUGAACGAGUAUUCUACAAGGGAAUGUACGGUUCCGCAGUCAAGAUCAUGAAUUUGUAUAUGGCUUUCGGAGGAACCAAUUGGGGCCAGCUGGCUGAACCUGGUGUCUAUACAUCAUACGAUUACGGCUCAAUAAUCCGGGAGGAUAGACGCCUCAGAGACAAAUACUACGAAUUGAAGCUACAAACACAAUUCCUAGCAGUUAGCCCAGCUUACUUGACUUCCACGCCCUGGCAAUUGACCGAAUCAAAGCAAAUCGAAAUCUUGAAAGGGACAAGAAACAUUGUCCUGACUGUCUUAGAAGAUACUCUCGAUUUACACACUAAGUUUUACAUCGUGAGGCAAGUUAUAGCUGUCUACCCAUUCGUUGAGGCUAAUUGGCAGGUUCCAAAGGCGGACCAUAAGCUUGAGUUACAAGCAAGGGAUUCAAAUAUCUUGCUCGUCGACUACAAAGCUGGGGAAACCCAUAUCAUCUACUCCACUGCGGAGCUAUAUACUUGGAAAGAGAUCGAUGGUGUGAAUUACAUUAUCCUCUAUGGCGAUCCAAAUGAGAAACAUGAGGCUGCCUUUAAAAUCACGGAACCGAAAGAUUUCUCGGUCCUUAGCACGGACGAAGAAGAGGAUUGGAGUUACCAAAUUGACGAUGCGAUUCUUACGGUCAAUUUCUCGAUCCUAGAGGACGGGGAUACCCAUACAAUUAAAUUUGGAAAUACGGUCCUCUUGAUUUUUUGCCGCGAGGUUGCCUCGAAAACAUGGAUUUUGGAUACCAAACCACCUACUAUUGUUAAAGGUGGGUAUUUGAUUCGGUCCGCAAAUGUUGAAGGUUCAAAACUCCACCUCAAAGGUGACUUGACGCAGGCCACAAGGUUGCAUAUACUUGCAACAAAGACUGUUAAGCAAGUGACAUUUAAUGGUAAAGCCGUUGAUACACAACCAGCAACUGAUGGCUGGCUAUACGUCAUGUAUACGCCCGAACUUCCCGACGUCAAACUUCCCGAACUGUCCAAGCUCGAUUGGAAACGCGCGAACAGCUUACCAGAAAUCUAUGAGGGAUACGAUGAUUCAAAUUGGGUUACCGCGAGCAAUACCUAUACCCCAAAUCGUGAAAAACCUGCCGUAAAGGAAGUCUUGUAUGCAUCCGACUAUGGUUUCCACUCUGGCAACAUCCUGUGGAGAGGUCAUUUUACGGCUAGCGGUGGAGAAGAAGAAUUCUGGGCAGUUGUCCAAGGCGGUCAGGCCUUUGGGUAUAGCAUCUGGGAUAACGGUGCCUACGUGGGAUUUUGGGAAGGUGAUGUGACUACCGGUCGCCAUCGCUGUAACUUCAAAUUGCCGAAGCCGUGGAAGAAGGGUGACAAGCAUAUUAUCACCUUUCUGCAAGACCACAUGGGUCUUGAAGAGAAUUGGACCGCGGCAACCGAACAUUUCAAGGCCCCUCGUGGUAUUUUCGACUACGGUUUCAAAGGCGCAGAGCCUAAGCUGAUUCAUUGGAAGUUAACUGGAAACCUGGGUGGAGAGAAGUAUCUUGAUAUUGAAAGAGGGCCAUUAAAUGAAGGUGGUCUAUAUGGCGAACGCCAAGGUUGGCACCUUCCUGGCUUCGACGAUUCCGAUUGGAAAGCAGCGUCCCCGCUUGAUGGUGUGAAAGAACCUGGAGUUACAUUCUAUCGCACAACAUUCGACUUGGAGGUUCCAUCCGGGCUCGAUUAUCCAAUGGCAAUUGAAUAUAGUAAUUCCACCGGGUCUUAUUACCGUAGCCAAAUAUAUGUUAAUGGAUACCAAUUCGGAAAAUAUGUUAAUUCUAUUGGUCCUCAGAAGUCUUUCUUUAUCCCCCAAGGAAUUUUGAACUACAACGGCAAGAAUACUUUAGCGAUCUCUAUAUGGGCCAUGCAAAACGAAGGAGCCCACCUCAACUCGCUCGACUUGCGAAUUCUUGGUAAAGUCGAAGGGGGUGUUGGGCCGGUUAAAAACUCACCCGCGCCGGCUUGGUCUCGGAGGAAGAAUGCAUACUAA